UCUGCCGUACUGCGCGGUUGCAAGCGUGUGUGUGCCAUGCGCGCGAAGUUCAAUAUGCAAUAUCUACAUGUGCACCGUGUUUUGGUCUAUUUGUUUAUAUAGAUAAUAAUAAGUGUCAAAAUUUGUGUGCGGAAGCUUCCCGUUCAAAAGUCUCCACUUAGUGAAUCUGUCCAAAGGACGACCUUUAGGUACCUAUUUGCAAGACUGUUACGCAAAAUUUCAAUCGGGACCAGUACUCAAAAAGUGAUUGUAGCACUCAGUAAACAAGAGGUGCUUAGUUAAGCUUAAAAUAAGUGCAUGAACUUUGAAUACUGAACUUUUCCAGUGAACUGUAACAGUGAUAGUGCGUGCCAAGAAAAAAGAAAAGAUUAAAAAAGUAACAAUCACUUACAAAAUAGAAAAGAGAAAAACCUGACACUGUUUGUGUUUAAGAGAUUUGUGUUGUGCUACCGUCGGCCGGCCGCCUUAAAAUUAAAUAGGUCCGGCGAUUUCUUGUGGUGAUUUUUACUGCAGAUGGGAGUGUUCCAAGAAGCGAACACUCGCACGCCCGGGAUGCAUUGGCAGCAGCACGAGCAGUACAUAGGCCCGGCAUACGACCCAUCGCGCGACCUCUCGCCAAAUCUUCCUUCAUGUGAUUCGUCAAUGGGUGACGUAGAUCCAAGCAUUUCGAGCAGCAGUUCAUGCAGCACACCGUCAAAUAACAACCACCAUCAAUCUUCCUGCUCGUCGGACAUUUGUAGACCACAUCAAACCGAUAUAUGCGCCCCAUCGACCGAAUUCAGACAGCUCCAUUCCUACGAACAUCAGAUACCAAAAUUAGAACAUAUACCUAAAUUAGAGCCAAUACAACCGUCGGCGACACCGCCCUCGUCGCCCAACAACAAUAACGAUAUAGCCGUUUGCGCUGGAUGUGGGAUGAGAAUUACGGAUAGAUUUUAUCUGCAGGCGGUUGAUAGAAGAUGGCAUGCUUCUUGCCUUCAGUGCUGUCAAUGUCGAAACACGCUCGAUGGCGACGUUACGUGCUUCUCGCGGGAUGGAAACAUAUACUGCAAAAAAGAUUACUACAGGUAAGCGAU